AUGGAUUUGCGACGAAUGGAUAAAAAGGGCCCUGUUUUGAAUAAGGAGAACAUUCCUUAUGAUUAUAUCAUCAUCAUAGAUUCGGGUUCCAAAGGAUCAAGGGCGUACAUUUACAAUUGGUUGAGCAGUAAGUACUUGGUAGAUAAAGGAAUAUCCAUUUCCCGGUCGAAGCCAGAGUUGGUGAAGAGAAUAAGUUUAUCCAAGAGAGGUGGUCAUAGCAGUGUUGAUGAAGAUACUGACGAUGACGAUGACGAUGACGAUGACGAUGACGAUGAUGAUGAUGAUGAGGAGGAGAAGGAGGAUAAUGGCCAUGGAGAUUCAAAGAAUGGAGUUCCUGAUUCAAUAACUUUUGACGAUGCAUUACCAUCAAUCUACACCCGACCAGAAUGGAAGAAGAAAAUAAAACCGGGGAUUUCGUCGUUCAAGUCGAAACCUGGCAAGGUGGGGAAAACCCAUAUCAAGAGCUUAUUGAAAGAAGCGUCGAAGAUCAUCCCAAAAGAACAGCAAUACCGUACCCCGAUCUUUCUCCAUGCCACCGCAGGAAUGCGGUUGCUUAAACCGAGUGAACAGUAUCAAAUAUUGAAAAAUACUUGCGAGUACAUCCAGGACAACUCCAACUUUUAUUUGCCGGACUGCGCGUCGCACAUCAACGUGAUCAAUGGGGAUGUCGAAGGUUUAUACGGGUGGAUUGGCCUUAAUUACUUGAUGGGAUCGUUCAAUAAUCCUGAAGACCAUGACCAUGGGAAAAACCACCAUACUUAUGGGUUAUUAGAUAUGGGUGGGGCGUCGACCCAGAUUGCGUUCCAGCCCAAUGAGACCGAGGUGGUGGAACAUUCCAAUACGUUGUUCAGAUUACAAUUGGCGUCGUUUGGCCAAUCGACGGCAGAUUUAUCGUACGAUGUUUUUUCCGCGUCAUUUUUAGGGUAUGGGAUGUAUCAAUCACACGAGAAAUAUUUGAAUAUCCUUGUGGAAGAUUCAUUAAAGAAUGAAAAUAAGAAUUUCGACAAGAAAUUGGUGCUUGAAGAUCCGUGCUUGCCGGUGGGAUACAGCACGGUAUUGCAGUUCGAUACCAUUAAUGCUGGGAAACAAUUCACGGUACAAGGCUCGGGGAAUUUCACCAGUUGUCUCGAUGCGUUAUACCCAUUACUCGCCACCACUGCCCUGAAUAAUGGUGGGGCUUCCAACUGUGAUAUCACCAACCCUCAAGAUGAUUCGUCCUGUUUGUUAUCGGAAACUUUACCAGCGUUGGACUUUGAUAUCGAUAGAUUCAUUGGGGUCAGUGGUUAUUGGGACUCGAUUGGGAAUUUGUUGGGUUUGCAAGAAGAUCAUAAUCUCGAUGCCACCAUCGAUGAAAAAUACUCUAACGCUUACAAGUACCAGUCAUUUUAUGAGAAAACCGCCGGGAUUUGUAAUAUCCACUGGAGCGAAUUGAAAAAAUUGAACGAUGGUGGGAAUACUGCGGAAAUUGCAAACUUGUCGGAUUUGUCCGAUGAGGAAUUAUCGGAAUUGUGUUAUAAAUCAUCGUGGGUUCUCAAUAUCUUGCAUCGUGGGCUAGGGUUCCCAAGGUACGGGAUUGAUGGUAAUGACGAUGACGUUUCAAAAGAUUUGAAAUCGAGCAUUCAUGUGGCAGAAAGCAUCAAUGGGUCAGAUUUCUCAUGGACUCUUGGACGAGCGGUGUUGUAUUCUUCUGCUGAAGGCGCGGCGGCGUUCGCUUCCAAAACCAAUUCCCAACCCGAUAAAGUCGGUUUCGUCCAUGGUCUGGCCACCGAUACAUUCUACUACGGUGGGGAAGUGGAAGGAGUUGCAGCAAGACCGGAUUUCAUCAGUGCCGACAAUUACAAAAACUACAAAACCAACGAUAGUGACGAUUCCCAUUGGGACAGGUUAGAAGACCAUCGUCUUUCGGGAUCAUUAGUGUUUUUGGGUAUGCUUGUUGUAGUGGCGUACUUGUUGAUUGGUAAACAGAGAAGAAACCUGAUUGUGCAAAUGAUCCUCCAUAAGAUUGGCGGGAAAAACCGUUGGAGAAAAUACACAAGAUUGGGUAGUAGCUCUGGAGACUUUGACGAUCCUGAAAUUCAUUUCAAUUUAGAUAGAGAUAUCGAACUUGGGGAUAUCAGUGGUGAUUCUCUGGACAAGAAUGAUGAUGAUGAUGAUCGCUUCAGAAUUGAUGAUGAUGAAUAG